CCAUUUCCAUGUGCCCAACCGCUUCUCCUAUAUAUACGGCCAAUUACAGAAGAAGACAAAAAAAACGCCAUUAAAGAAAACCUCUCUCUCUCUCACGCUCUUUUCGUUUGUCAACUGUAAAUCCCGGAGCUAGAAGACAAGUAAGAGAGAAAGCUUCUCAGAUAAUGGAGAAAGACGGUGACUAUAUCGCCUCCACGGCGUCUUUCUCACCUAGCUUCAGUACUUACUCCGGCGAUCGACUCGCCGAGAUCGCCGAACGAGUUAGCCACGACUAUUACAAGGACAAAGGAGACGAAGAAUUCGAGUUCGCGAUUCUCCAAUCGGAUCGUGACGCGUCGUCUUCUUCCGGCGACGGUGGAUUAGUAUUCCCGGUUUUCGACCAAAAUCUCGUCUCCGCCGUGGAACCUGACUCCGUUUCGCCGGAAGCGGUUGUGACUCCGUUAAAAGAUCUGUUCCUCCGGGAACGUAACGAUCAGGAGCAGCAGCCGCAACAGGCGUAUUCGUCGUCGUCGGACGAUGAGGAGGAAGAUGAAGAUGAAGAUGAGCUCGACGCGAUCCCGAGCGAGAUCUACUGUCCAUGGACGCCGGAGAGAUCCGCGGCGGAGAUGUCACCGAGCGGAGGUUGCAGAAAGAGCAAAUCGACUGGAUCGUCUUCCACGUCGUCGUGGUCGAAGAGACGGUGGCGAAUCAGAGAUCUGCUAAAGAGAAGUAACAGCGACGGGAAACAGUCGCUCAAAUUCCUGAAUCCGAGCUCCAUUAACGAAUCUUCGAAGAACAAGGAGACGACGACGGUGAAGAAGAAGGAGAAAGAGAAGGUAUCUGCACAUGAGAAGUUUUACUUGAGGAACAAAGCAAUCAAGGAAGAAGACAAGAGAAAAUCAUAUUUACCGUACAAGCAAGAUCUUGUUGGACUUUUCUCCAACAUUAACCGAUACGGAAAAGCUUUUCCUCCCUUCUGAAUUUCUGAUCCAACAACAACAAUGGAUAAAAGUCUUCUCUUUUCUCUUUUGGAUCUAUUCGAAGAAAUUUUAAAGUUUUUUUUUGUUACUCUUUAAAUCAAAUUUCUUUUUUAAGUAAAGAAGAAGAAAAGAUGCGAUUUCACAUUCGUAUAAUAAAGUACAAUAUAUCUCAUAGCUUGUAACAGAUGUAGAUGGGUAAUUUUUUAAAUAAUUACAUCUGUUUCUGGGUUUUUAGACAGAUUUGAUGACCUAGUUUCAUCAUG